AUGUUCCAUGGACAGUUGCUUCACCCCAACUGGAUAUCUUCUGAGAAGCUCUGUUUUGUGUCAAAUGAUGGACGGCACAUUGGAAUGCUUUCAAAGGUCACUAGUGCUCAUUCCGUUGUGUUUGAUGUUCGACGCUUGGCUUCUCUCCCAGCCACAGAUACUUCGUUUAUCAAUGGCCUCGUGUGUGGUCCAAAUGAGGAAAUUGCUAUUCAAACAACUGAUGACUGUAUACGUUUUGCCAGUCUGAAGACUCUUGAAGAAGCUGCAAAGUCCGGAAUCGAUGACAACUUCGAUCUUCCAUCACCCCCCUCGACUAGACUUCCAUUUGCUUGCAAUCAACUCUACUCAGUGACCUUCAAAUGCCAACAAGACGUCUCCCGCAAAUCACAUUUUCUUGUGGGUUUUCAGGCGAACAGUCACCGUCUCUGCUUACUUCCAUGGUCUUCAACUCCUGGUGUUGAAGGAGAGUGUGUUAUGAGGUCGUGUUCCUCUUUGGUACUACAUUCUGACUUCCUUCUGAUCACAAACCUAGAGCAUCAACUAAUAACUCUUCCUCUUAGCCUGAGCUACGCUGAAUGUAAGUGUUCAUAUAUUUAUAGAUGUUAA